AACUCCCGUGAAACAACCAAACGCAUUUAGGGAUUGUAGUUUGUUAUGGCAUUCUUUAAGGUUUAAAAUACAUAUGAAGGACUACAAAUCCCAUAUUACAAAAGAUCGUCGUAAGAGCAAUAGUUUAUUGACGGGGAAAAAAAAUCAUCGAUGCAUCAGUAAAGGUUGUUAAAUUCCGCGAUAGAGACACUGUUGGUGAAUGAAAACUUUAAAUUUUAUGUGGGAAUUUAGAUUAAAAAAAAUAUGGAAGUAAUUGAGGCGAUAGUGAUACAAAAUGCUAAUGCGGACGGAAAGGAGUCGGCUGCGUCCAGCAGCGUGGGCAGCGAUAGGAUAAAAGCAGAAUUCAUCUGGACUCUGCAAGCCACAUGGCACCUGGUCAACACCCGGCUGGAAAUGGAUCAAGCGUUUGACCAGCCAGUGUGCAAGAAGAAGAAGCUGUGGGAAGUGGUAGCAGACAAGGUAAACACCAAGCUGAGGGAGUCAGGGGUCACGGACAUCACUGUUAAGGCCUACGAAUGCGACCUCAAGUGGAGAAACAUGCUGGCCACCUACAGGAAGAACACAGACCGGGCCCGGCGAUUGGGCGUGGCCAGUGUCCACUGGGAGUUCUUCAAAGCCAUGCAUGAGGUUCUGGGUAAGAGCCGGGAGGAGAUUGAAGCCCAGCGCCAGGCCAAGCUCAGCGGAACCAGAGUGGGAAAGGCCAUCGCCAGCAAGAGGUUCACGCCGAUCCUCCCCACGCCGCCCGCAGCAGCCGCUGCCAUCACCAACCGGCCCCCGCAGGACGUCCUGCAGCUCUAUAUGGAGCUGCAGGAGAGGAAGCUGAACAUGUGGGCUCAGCAGAAAGUGCUGGAGGAGAGGAAGAUCGAGGCCAUUAACAACCUGGCCCAGGCUAUCUCCAGUCUGGCUCAGACCAACAACCCACAGACGUCAAAGGACGGACAUUAGUUCAAAACUCAUCAGAGGAAAACCUCACUUUUGUUGUGUUACUGUAGCAAACUGACAAUAUAAAACUCAAAGCUUUUGUUUAUGGUGCAAAACCGACUGUCUGCAAAGUUUCAGUUAAGUUUAUUUGUAAAGCGGAUUUGAGCAGCGAGGCAGUUCAAAGUGCUUUACAUCAUAAAAAAACUAAAAUAUAAAGUAACAAAAGACUCAAUACAGUCAACAAAUUGACAAAAAUGGAAACAAACAUUACAUUUUGAUAAUCAAAAUCAUCAAUGCACAUCAAAUAUGUUAGUGUUUCGUUUUUUACGGUUCAAAAGCAACUGAGAGGUAAGUUUUUAGUCUAGAUUAACGUCACUGGAGGAUGCUCCUGCAACUGCCUGAUAACUCGGCUGUAAGCCGUCUGUUUUCUUU